AUGAUUUUUAAAAUUGAGCAAUCUAAAUCCGCAACAAAAAAUCGUAGAGUGAAUUCCAUCGGAGAAGCGAACAUCGAUGCAGAGAGAAGACGACGUGUUCUUCGUCUUCGUCGAUCUUUGACAUACCCUUAUGACACCACCGAUUCUUUCGGUCAAAGCAAAUCUGGUAUCAAUCGUCGUUGUGAUCGGUGCGCUAUGAACAAUGGUUACGUUAACUUGCUAAGCGUGAGAAUCAACCACAUAGAGGAAUUGGUUGAAAAUCUGAGUAAAAUCGUAACUUCUAAAAGUUACAACAAAAACACUUCUCAUGAUUCGGAAGCCGUGGACUUUUCUAAAAUGGGAGUCGAUGAAUUGAUUUCCUUUUCCAAUAAAUUGAGUACGAGUUUGUUUGGGAAUAAUUCCAUCACAAAGGAACCAGAGGAUGAGGUUGCGUCCAAAGUUAAUAAUCGCAUGGACAUUAAUGCCAUCAUUAACAAUAGAGACAAUUGA